AUGGCGAUCAAAAUGCAAUAUGGGUCGAAACUUCUGGCGGUGCUAAUAAGCAUGCUCCUUUUGACAGCCUACGUAGUAGGCCCGGUCGACGGCGAUGACACCCCAGGCGCGCCCGGCGAGGGCAAGUGCGGCUCGUGCACUCCAAGCCCACCUCCGCCGGAUCAACCCCCACCACCACCACCACCAUCACCGUGUCCUCCUCCACCACCCAAAUGGUCGCCACCUUCUCCCAAGAAGCCGCCUUCUCCCAAGAAUCCACCGUCACCAUACUCGCCUGGUACAUACCCGCCUCCACCGCCUUCAGCGAUGGUAUACAUCACAGGUCCACCAGGGCAGUUGUACCCUGUCGACCAUAAUAUCAACAGUGCCAGUCGGAGUUCGGUUAACGCGUCGCCCGUUUUGCUAGGACUGCUGGGUAUCCUGGCUUUUUGGUGA